AUGCUGACAAGUUACGCGUAUACAGAAUACUCUAUCUUACUGCUCGGCCUCGAUAACGCGGGCAAGACGACGCUGCUCUCGCAGAUCAAGGCGCUCUACAUCCCACCUGCUGACGGACAGACACAGCAGGUCUCUGCAAAGACGGUGCCGACAGUAGGUCAAAAUGUCUCUACCAUCUCGUUACCGGACAUGUAUUUGAAGAUAUGGGACAUUGGGGGGCAAAUCUCCAUGCGCGGUCUCUGGCAGAGCUACUACUCGAGCUGUCACGCCAUUAUUUUCGUGGUUGACAGCGCGGAUGUUGGGGAUGACCCAGAUGUCUCUGACCUCGGCCCGUUGACUACACCUAGGGAUGAUGGAGAAGUUGGCACAGAAUUUGAUGGCACAGGUGACGGUGGCGAUGGCGCAUCGCUGGCCGACGGCGGGCUUGAGAUACAGAAGAUCGAGUCGAUCGAUCGUGCCGGACGGUUUGGCAGGCUGGAUGAGUGCCGCCAGGUCCUUGAGUCUGUUCUCCGACAUGCAGAUACCGCCGGCGUACCUAUUCUUGUGCUGGCCAACAAGCAAGACAGAGAAGACUGCGUCGAGGUCGUCUGUAUCAAGGAAGGCUUUGUCCGUAAGGUCUUCGAGGGCCAGGAAGGAGGCGGCGUGCGAGAUAGCAGAGUGCUCCCUGUCAGCGCAUUAACAGGCACCGGUGUCCAAGAGGCUGUCGACUGGGUCAGGAGUCGCGUGAAGUGGAAUAAGGAAGGCCGGCCGCCUGUCAUGAGGUAG